AUGCCCCUGUAUCCUUUGUUCGGUGGGGCCAUCACUGUGUCCCUCGAUGGCGACUACCUCGACGCGAGUGACAUGCGGCAGGUGCCAGACAAUCAAGAAGUGCUCUUGUCGCGCACAACGAAUUUGAGUGUGAUUGUCGAGGUGCUGCAGUGCGUUGCGGCGCACACGAGCGCUGACGGCAUGCGGCAGGGUGUGCAUGACCAUUUUGACUCGCUCGCUCAUGACAACAGUGCACAGCAAACGAAAGUAGAACGUGUCGAUGCAGUAGAGUGUGCAUCGCGAGCAGCGGGCGCCACACCGACGCCGUCCCUUUUGCACGGCACUCAGGUGAUCCCCAAGUUUGGCAAGGUCCAGGACCUCGAUACCGUGCACGUCUAUGUGGCCCUGUGGCGCUUGCCGUCGAAGAACGUGGACUUGGUCCUCUCGGUGAACGACCCUGAGCCGAGCUGCACGGGCUGGGACGCCGUGCACCGCGCAGCGCAGUCCCUGCGCAUCGUGGACUGGGGUCUCUUCCCCUAA